CAUGACCAUUGAAUUAAAGUAGGACAAAUUUCUAAUUAAAGAAAUAAGUAAGUGUAGAAAUGUAAUUUACCAUCAUGAAUUUUAAUCCAUCACCCAAAUCCCACCUCAAGAGGUGGAACUUCCAAGUCCGUGUGGUCCACGGAUUUGGAACCCCAAAAGAGGUGGGCCCUACGAGUUCCAUCUCCCUAAGUCCCUAAGACAAACAAUGAAUUUCGGUUCAAGUCCAUGAUGGAUAUAUUUCCAUGACCAAAUCCAUCAUCAAAACCCUCAAGCAAACAAGCCCAAGUUUUGUGGUAUGUAUGUGGUGUGGUUUCUUGUAUUUUGUGGUCCCCACAAUUAAUGCACAACUCACAUGUUAUGCCCCAAAUUUUAAUGAUGACAAGAAUAUCCCUCCUUUGUAAAUCCUCAUUAAUUCUCGUCAACACUUUGGAAUAAAAAAAGUCAUUAAAAUGAAAUAUUUUAAUUGUUUGGAGCUAGUAUUAGCAUUAUCUAAUACGUUGGGUGUUUGCACCUAGGGCUGCAAAUGAGCCGAGCGGCUCGACGUUCGACUCGAGAAAAACUCGUUCAAAACUCGGCUCGUUAAUAAACGAGCAGAACACGAGCUAACUUUUGUUUAGCUCGUGAAGCUCGCGAGCUAGCUCGACUCGGUGGCUUGUUGAGCUAAACUCGUGAGCUGGCUCGAUUAGAGCUCAUGAUAUGUCUUAACAUGUGGCUAGAGAGCCAACUCGAUUACCAACUUAUGGACGAAUCAAUCUAUAUCUUAUGAUUUUAAUUCAUAUGGCUGUUAAAUUAUAUAUCUCACCAUAUAUAAAGUUUAACACAUUGAGUAUGUGAUCAAAUAUAUCUUAUUUUCUACUUUAAAAAGAAAUUAUGCAUCAUAGAUUGCUUCGAUACUAUGAAAUAACAUGAUUUGGAGUAGUUAAAAUUUAUUAACUAAAUGAUAUAUGAUACCAACAAAGUAUAAUAUGAGAUUAGCUAACAAAAUAAAUCAUAUGUAUCAUGAUAUACAAAAUGAAGUACCAAAUAAAAGUCAAGAUUUUGCUUGUUGGAUUUGAAAAAUGAGGGUUUUGGCCAAUAAAAAUCUUGGGAUUUAUGUUGGAUUUAUUGGAUUAUGGAUUUGAAGAGUCUAAUGUUUGCAUGAUAGAUUUGAUGAUGGAUUUGUUAAAUAAAUAACUAAACAUCAAGGAUUUGCAAAUCCCAAAUCAAUAUGUGGUAUUUACAAGUCCGUGGGGUCCACGAAUUUGGUUCCAAAAUAAAGACCAAAUCCGUGGACCUCAUGGAUUUAGCACCCUUCAACAAACAAUUGACUUAUGUUAAAUCCAUCAAACUUGGGAUUUGGGUACCAAAUCCAUGACCCAAAUCCAACAAGCAAACGACCUUAUUAAUAAACAAGCUAACUCGAGCUCGACUCGACUCGUUAAUAAACGAGCUGAGCUCGAACUCGACUCGUUUAUUAACGAGCCGAGCUCAAACUGGGGUAAAACUCAACUCGGCUCGACUCAUUUGCAGCCCUAUUUGCACCUAGCCCCUCACCUCCUCACCUAGUUGUGCAGUAUAAAUUCCUUCUUUGAUCAAUUAUAUAUAUACAAAAUAAUUAAUACUUCAUUAAGGAUAUGAAAGUAAAUGCCUUCUUUAACCAAUAAAUCUAUAGGAGAAAAAUUCAUUUUACAAUUCAACAAGCCAACAAGUAAAUUAUAAAAUCCAACAUAGAUACAAAAUAGUAAAAUUCAAUAUAAUUCUUCAUCUCAAAAUCCAAAAUUAUCCAAAAUUUCUUUCUUAUUUAAUGAUUCCGCUAUAUUAGGUUUCGAACCGCUAAAAUUAUGGAGUUAGAACUUAGAAGUCAAUAAGGAGCAUGCCCAUGAAUUUGCCGUUCACCCCCAAUAUUAAAUAGCUCUCACAAAUUUUAUGUUACACCCUGUUUGGGAAAUGCACAUUGAAAUAAAUUUGUGGCUUGGGAAGAUAUAUAUAUAUAUAUAUAUUGAUAGAUAGAGUUGAUAGAGAAUGUCAUCUCCAAUAACAGGCAUCUGCUUUUCAUUCAUCAACAGAAACAAAAUGGUUGUUGCAUCUCUGAGAUUGGUGCGUCUAGUAGCCCUCAUCAUCUUUGUUGCCAGUGUCAAUCUGCAUACCCAGGCGGCCGAUGAGACCACCAGAAAGAUCUAUAACGUGGACUUGGAUUCAUCAAUUAUACCCAAUACCAAAUCUGCCCAUUUGGCCGUUCUCAAAGGUGUUGUGCAAGGAGUUAAACCAGAAGACGUACUUAUAGAGACCAAAUUGUGGUUCGAGACAUUUGCACUUUUGCAGCAGUACUCACUGAAGUUGAGGCCAAAAAAUUGGCAAGGGUGAAGGGUGUGCUAAAGGUGAUGCCCGGCUUAACAACUGGUGUCUAAUAGUCUCGAUCGGUCAGAUGAUUCAUUUGUGAACCAAUUAUGUAACGCAACAAGAAAAAACCAAUAAAUUAAACAAAGUUCUUCGUUACUUAAGAAGUUUCAUUAAGUCUGGUGGAGAGACCGUUUCAAACAAACUAAAAAAAUGACAUGUCUUGAAUGUUUGGGACGACACACCAUUGCUGUAGCAGCCCCCAUUCUUUCAUGUACUGGGUAGCUCUAAUCGUUCCUCGUGAUAAAUUUUGCUUCACUAACCACACGACUAGCUCAUUGCUUACUAGUUACACACUACAUAAAAAAAAAUCCUUUGUAGCGACAUUUUUAUUACGACAAUUUUGAAAAUUGUCGUUCAAAUGCGAGAGAUAAAUAGUUGUGUCGUCACUUAUUCGAAAUGUCGAUAUAACAUAUUUUAAAGCGACGUAUGUUGCAAUAUUUUUUGCAAAUGUCGAAACAAGAUGAGUGUAUCAUUUAUGAAAAAUGUCAUAAUACAUAUAUUUUCUAGCGACAUAAGUAAUGACAAUAAUAGAAAAUGUUGGUUAAUCAACAAACUAGAUGAGGAUACAACGUCAUAUACAAAAUAUGUUGGAACAACUAGUAAAUAAAAUCCUACUAACGACAUUUUCAUCCCGACAAUUGUGAAAAAUGUUGGUCUAGUGUGGAGACUAAAUAAUUAUGUCAUCAUUUAUACAAAAUGUCGAAAAAAUAUAUUUUAUAACGACAU